CCACGUCCACAACCGCCGCUCUCUUGGAACCACACAUAGCCCCAUAUCCACAUACACGUAUACACACUGUCUAUCCAUGUAUCUGUCAGUGCUGUAGCAUCGCCGGCAUUCCCUCUGCUCGGCAACUGUCUCUCCAUUGACGCAAUCGGAACCUCACUGUCUCUGACGCAAGCGGAGCCACCGUUAUCGAUAUCACCCCCCAGCCCUCGACACACAAGAUCCAAAAUGCCUCUCCGCGCAGAACGGCCCAUAGUGCGCGUCGAGCACAGCUCCAUGCGCACCAUCGAAACCCGCAGCACCGAGAACCUGUUCGGCCUCUGGUCUGUCUUUGCACGAUGCUCGCCCGCCAUGGAAGACGGCAAACGCUACGAGAACAUGGCCUGGCGGCUGUGGUCCCGUGAGACCUUCUGCUGCCAGCCCGACCCUGUGGCUGCUCCCCAGUGGGCCUUCCAGCGACAAUUGUCCGCUAGUGCUACGGACAUGCCCGAGCUGUCUACCAGCGUCGCCUCCGACGACUCCAACCUGGAGAGCGCCAUCACCACGACUUCCCGAAGUGAUCUCUCGGCCGACCGCCCCGACCUGCGCCGCCACGACUCCGCUACCAGCCAGGCCCGCGGCAAGCACAUGACCCCCAUUGGCCUCGAGAAGGUCGUCAACUCGAUACAAGAGAAGAAGUUCAUCGAGCCGCUGUCGCCCCUACCAGCCCAGCUCGCCCCACCUGUAGCCGAGCAGAAGCCCGUUCAGGACAACACCACGCUACCAUCCACCGCCCGCCCCAUCCCCGAAGCCUCCACUUCCACCGUAGCCACCUCGGUCAGCUGCGACAUCAUGAGCCCUGCAGUCGGCUCCGAAGCCAGCACAUCCACCGACGUGAGCGAGCACAGCGUCGUCCGCGGCUUCGAGCCCGGCCACAUCUCCACCUCAGUGCGAUCCAGCACCAACCUGAACCCUACCCCCAUCCUCAAGAAGACCUCCAGCUUCGUUACCAAGCCGCUUCCCGCAAAGGCCGACGCCAGCAAGAAGAGGCAGCCCAUGUUCACUCUCGGCGGAUCCUCCGAGGAGGAGAACGGCAGCUCCUUCGAGGCUUACUCGCUCCAACGCAGCUCUCUCUCACAGCAGCUGCGCAACGCUGCUCCCAUGCGCAAGACUACCUCCUUCAAGAACGAGGUCAGCACGCGCACUUUCCACGACGUCUCCGAGAGCAGUGAGGCGGCCAUUGAGAGCGACAGCGAAGACGACGAUGUCGACGAGAGCGCCAUUGAAGAGGAAGACUCCGAUGAGGAGUGGGAAGACGACGACAACGAGGAGAGCGGUCCCCCCAGCGUUGCUGAGCACCGUCCUCAGUUCCCGCGUGUUGACUCGCAGGCCAACCUCACCUCCCGCCGCUCGCUUCUCACUACUGCCCUCCACCAAGGUGACCGCGCAUCAGCUCUGCAAAAUGCUGCAUCGCGAUCAUCACCUGCCAUCCGAAGGUCACGCACCCAUACACCAAACGGACCUUCCGCUGGCAGCUCACCUCACGAAGACAGUGGCUUGAUGAUGCGCGAGCAAGCCUCCCGCCCAAAGCCUAUCAUCAUGACUACCUCAAACGUCCACCCACCUGCCAUGUCCCCCAAGACUACGCGCAGGAACAUGCUGACCAGUGAGCUCACUGGAUCACUAAGGCAAAACCUGCUGUGGGAGAGGCAGCAAAAGAAUGCCACCACUAACGCGGUAGCAAAGCGCCAACAGAGCGCAGUCAACCUUCCAGCCCUCCGUCGGGCCAUGACCACCGGCGACGUCAAGGGUCUAAACACCAACGAGCAACAAGCUCAAAUUAGAUCCACCACUUUCCGGGACGACAACAAGCCCGACAGCUCAUACAACCAAUUCUUUGAUGGCGGAGACGCCCAAGAAUACCACCGCUCCGGUUGGUAGCACAACAACAUCCUUUUUUUUUACAUUUGCACUUCUAGCGGCAUCUAUGGUUUGGCAUUUGACCAACGGCGUUUUGUCUUUCUUCACUUUAGCGGCCAUCCAGUCUCCAAAUGCACUGGUCAGCCGAUUCAUGGGUUAUGUUCCUCCCAAAAUCUUCUGAUACCACCAGGGCCAUUGAGUAGGCCCGAUGAGGCUACGAAUUUCUUUCAUGCAGUCAUACCGGACAAAGGGUGCUUCUUGUUUUGAAGAUGGGUUACGGCUCACGCCUACUUUGGUCUGUACUAUCACCUGCACAUGUACUUGUAUCGGGCUCUUUGUCCGACCCAUUAUACCCCGGCAUGGGAACGGCUCCGCGGAGCUGUUUGGACCAUGGCAUCACCUUUGCUUGGAAGAUAGCAGGUGUUGGCCUAGAUACCUUAAUGAUAAAAAGCGGAUACUUCAU